CCGGCGAUCCAUUCCAUUCCAUUUGGUCGACCGAGAUCGAGCAGCUUAAACACCAGGAUCGGAAAAGCAGUACGUGGCAAUCUUGAUUCUCUCUUGAAGGGGGGUUCUUUGGGGAAACAUGGAGCGCAAGAACUCGUUCGGCACGUCGUGGGCGGACCAGUGGGACACUGGCAGCGACCCGAGCCCGCGCGCCGCAAGCGACGGCGGCAAGAAGCAGGGCGGCGGCGGCAGCGUCGAGAAGACCAAGGCGGCCGCGGCCACCGGGCUGAAGAAGGUGAAGGAGGGCACUGCGCACGGCUUCCAGUGGAUCAAGGGCAAGGUGCAGAAGAAGAAGCAGGGCGGCGCCGGCGCCAGCGACGGGAUAGCCGCCGGGUAUUAGCCCAGGCCCUGCUUCCUCUUGCCGGAUGGAUGAUCCGUGGAUCGGUUGAUUUGGCGAUCUGUGCUUCCUCUUCAGUCUUUGUAUAUAAGUUUUGCUGUUGGAUUUAGGAUGUUUCACACCACCUUGUACAUGAUCGAUCGAUCGAUCUCUUGGAUAUCUACCUUUUAUUGAUUGGUUCGUUGUUCCGUC